CUCUUGACGACAUUAUCACUACAUUUAGAAAAAUCCAGAGAUUCAACUCGAACUCGAAGUUGGUAUUUCUAGGUGCUAGAAUCAUGGAUCCUGCGCUCGAUAAAGCCAGUGCUUACCCCCAAGAGCCAGCACCUCCGAACCAAGGAGCUCCGCCAGCUUCAGGAGCCGGAGGUGCCGCCCAAGACUACCGCUUGCGUGUGUUGUUGGAGCCCCGUGGAUUCCUACGGGCGAUCGAAUUCAUCCUUGCUGUGUGUAUGUUUGCCACGACUGCUGGGUAUGCCACAUCAUAUUCCUUCUCAGCAUCAUGUUCUCCAGGACACACGUACAUGGUGCAGGUUAAAUACCCAUUCAGUAUUGAGAGCAGCGCAUUGCCUGCACUGUGCAAUUCAACGACAGCACCUACAGUGUCCUCAAACCCUUCCGGAUCAGCGCAAUUCUUUGUAGCUGUUGGGGUGCUGGCAAUGCUCUAUACAAUAGGUUCAGUCCUGUGGUAUGUUAUCUACGAGGCUAGGUACCCAGAAAAGGAGAUCCACUAUAUGUGUGAUCUGGUGAUCACAGGUGUGUUCGUACUACUGUUCUUCAUCUCAUCAUGUGCGUGGGCUGCAGGGCUUAAUGAUGUCAAGUACUGGACUAACUUCAACCACCUAAAGGAUAGUCCCACUGUCUACGGUGACGUAUGCGGCCAGAAUGGUGUCACCUGUGAAUCACAAACAAGCCCAAAAUAUUUAUCUCUCAACUUUUCAGUGGUAUUUGGUUUCCUCAACACGAUCGUCUGGGGAGGCAACUUGUGGUUCAUCGCCAAAGAGACAACAUGGUUCAGGCAACGCAUGGAGAACAAAGCUGGAGUUGCUGGAAAUCCCCCUGCUAAUCCCAACACGGUUUAAUCCUCACCCAUCUCUAUAUAGAUAGUGCAUUCAUAUGCCCAGCCGUAGUCCUAGGUUUGUACCAGUUGGUUUUAUCCUGGCUCGUCUAAUUCUAAAGUUUGCUAACUCCACUCUAACAGUUUGAUUACUUCAUUCAUUUCGUUACAUUUUCCUGGGUCUUUUUUUAAACAUGAGGUAUAAAGAAAACAAAGUAUGUGUAUAAUAGUUGGUAUAUAGUAUUGAUGUACCAAAACAAACUACUAGUGAUAUUAUAAGAAUACUAGUGAUAUAAGUGAUAAUGUAUUAGUUUAAAAAAUUCAUUUUUUUUAGAUAAGCAGUUUGCCUAAACCUGCAGUUUUGGUUCAUGACUUUUGCUUCAGCGACAAUUGCUCCGAUGAAAAAUCUACUUGUUAAGCCAAACACAAAAUGCAACCUCCAAAACUAAAUAAACCCUAUUCCUUCUGAGAUAUUAAAGGACAAGUCCACCCUAACAAAGUCGAUUUGAAUAAAAAGAAAAAAAAAACAACGAGCAUAGCAAUGAAAAUUUCAUCAAAAUCGGAUGUAAAAUAAAAAAGUUAUGAUAUUUCAAAGUUUUGCUUAAUUUCACAAAACAGUUAUAUGCACAUCUUUGUCGGUAUGCAAAUGAGGAGACUGAUGACAUCAUCUACCGUCACAAAAAUAUUAAACCUCUUACUACGUCUUCAUUUUCUUUUCCAAAAAUAUCUUAAAUUGAUAUGCAACACUCAUGUAGUAUUUACUACAGACGAAGCAGCAGUGACAUUGUAGUUUCCUAACAUCUCUCUAUAUUUAAGGUGAGGAACAUAUUGAGGUGACUAAUGUCUUGAAUGGAAAAUGAUGGUUAUGAUGACUGGGGUGCUAAGGAAAAGUGUUGUCCAAUAUAAUAGAUGAAGAUUGAAAUACAAACCCAUGGAACAUUGCAUUGUUUAAACUUUUUUGUUUCAUUCAAAUCUUAAUAUUGAAUUAACUGGAGUUGAUCAAUUUACUGACAUCAAAUUGAGAAGAGGGAGAGAGGGGGGAAAAAUAAAAGCUUGUCAGAGGUUUACUCGACUGCCUGGACAUAACAUAAAAUCAUGUUUUGAGCUUGUUUUCGAUAUUCAAGUUUAGUAAAAACACAUCAAUGUUACAUUAUAUUAUAUACACCACAUCAUGAAGUCUUCUUAAAAGCAUGGAAGCGUAAAGAAAACACUUCAAAUUUGACUUUGUUAGUACACUGGCUUACAACAAGGAAAGCAGCUCAUUUUCUUGGUAUGAAUAUGCAAGGUUUAAAGUUACAUGUAGAUCCAGUGUAGAUAUAGAAGAAAAGAAAUACUUCCAAAUAUUGUAAAUUGAUUCAAUGAAAUAGAUGGGUGUACAAAUUGUUUUGUCGUGUUUCAGAUGUACAUGCUUUUAUUGUAAAAUAAACAGCCAAUGCUUGGCCUAUUGUAAAUAAUAUCUACAGCAGACUUUGUUGCAGUGGUGUAUUCAUUGAGAGAACUCAUGUGAUAAAUCAUUACAUAACCAGAUAGAUAAUGCAUGGUCUUAAUGGGGCUCCAUAUGCCAAACCUAAAAUGUAUAUUUGGUAUUGACAUUCUUUUUUUUUUCUUUUGCAAGUACUUUACCUACAAUUAAAAUGAGAAUUUUUUAUACAUUUUCUGAGAAAAGAUUUUUUGUUCAUCUUUUGGCAUGUAAUUGGAAAGUAAAUUACAUGAAUUACAAUGCAGGUAUGUUGCAACAAUAUUAUCCCUAUGAUUAUAUAUUAUUAUCUUUACUUAAAAGCUCUUUCUGCAAGUUUUUAAUGAUUUUUUUUUUUUGCACUGGAAACGAGAUAAGGAUAAUGAUGCUAUCGAGAUGAUGACAUAUAUUUCUGAAAGGCUUACUUUGUAAUCCAUGAACAUUUCAUCAUGCUUUUCAGUCACCGUGGUGACAUUGGAUCUUCGUAUGUCAAAUAAGGUUUUCCUGGAUAUUCUACUGUAAAUGACUGGCAACUUUUGCCCUUGAUUUAUUAUUCUUUCUUCUUGUUCCAACUUUCUGUGUAUCUUGCUAUUUUAGUUUAUUAGUUUCAUGUGAAAAAAGUGCAAUUUCUAUUGCAAAAAUAGAUAAAUGAAGUAAUGUUUGGUUAAAUGAAAUAGCAAGAACAUUAUUGUGUAAUUACCGGAUGACAUCUGGGAUUGAAUAUUGCAAUUUCUGCUUUCUAUGAUUUUGUUAAUACAUUUUCAAAUGGAGAUGAAGGCAUUGUGUCUGUAUGCACCUUUGACUGCCAUAAUUACCUUGUAUCAUGAAAAUCAUUGUAUCAUUUCUGUGCCAUAAAGAGAUACACUCAAUCUUUUCAAUUGUAACUCCUUUAGUACAGUAAAUGGUUUCCCGAUUAGACUAACAAUUGAUAUCAAUUUUACCAUUAAUUGUAUGUUUUAUGUAACAGGGUACUGAUGUCUGUCAGCAGAUUACCUCCUCCAUUCUCUUGAAAUUCAAACAAUUGCAUGAGUAUUCCAGUGCCAGUUUAUGAAGAGAUUUUAGACUAAUAUUUGAAAUUGAAUAUUAACUGUUACUAAAAAAACCUAUCCAUUGUGCCUAUAUUUUGGUGAUAUUAAAGCAGAUACGAACCAAUAACGCCAUCUUGAGUCCUCAACUACUCAUACCUGGCCAGUUUCCUGACCCAUAAUGCUAGUGUAGUUUUGUAAUGUAGACCCACUUGAAUGAUAACAUGCUAAUUAAUUACUCAAUACAUUUAUACCGCAAUAAUUAUCUUACUAAGUAGCAAAACAAUUACUUUUCCUCUCUAAACAUUUUAUAUUCUCUAUACAAAUGCAAUUAUAGGUCAAUUUAUUAUCUGUAGUAUUAGUAGAUAUCUUAAAACAUAUAUAACACACAGUCAUUGAAAGACCACACUCAGUUCACUCCCCCUUUAAAAACCAUUUGGUAUGAAUAUGAAGGAAGGGAGUAUACAAGCUUUUAGUUGGUAGACAGGUACAAAUAUAUCUUAUGAUCCUAAACAUUGAUAAGUAGUUAUUGUAUUUAUAAACAAAAUAAUCAUACUACCCUGAAUGCUAUAUAAAGAUAUAUAAUCAUUCAAUAAGUCCUUUAUUUAAGUAUUUGUAUAGAAACCUGUUUUUACUUGAAAGAGGUGCCAUGAAGAUUUUACAUGGAAUAUUUGACGGAUACCAAAGUUUACUGAAUGAGAAUUAAUAUAAAAAUAAUUACAUGUAUUAUCAUGUGGCAUUUUAAUGGCCAUUCAGUGGUAUAUUUCUAUUCCUUUGAAUAUACACAGUAUCAGAAUUGUCAGAAAUGUACUCGAUUCUCCUAUCCUCACAAAUGAACCAGCAUGAGUGUUUUGAUAAUGAAAUUUUUGAAUAUGAGUGUGCAGUUUAUUAUACAUCUUCUAAGGUAUGUAUUGAUGGAAGGGUUUCGUUUAUAAUUGAUUCUUCCAUUAUGUUCUGUUUUGUAUCCUAAUAAAAAAAUGUAACAAA